GUAUCAAUACCAUUAGAUUACCUUGCCCCCUCUGUUUCUCUCUGCCUUUACAGUAGAGAGACUCUCAUUUCUUGGAUACUCCCCAUCUCCCUCUCUCGCUCUAUUUGUUCAACAAGCAAUAAUCAAGAAAAGAAAUGGAGGCAAUGAAGAUGAAGCUCUUCGUGGCAAUGAUGGUGGUGCUGAUGGCCGCCGCCACCGUGCAGAAGGCAGCUGCCGCCGAUGCCCCGGCCCCGAGCCCCACCUCCGACGCGACGGUCUUUGUCCCCACCUUUUUGGCAUCCAUUGCUGCUCUUGCUUUCGGGUUGCUUCUUUGAAGCGUCUCCAAUUCAUGCGCUCAUCCGGCCAAACAGAAAAAGCAAUGACCACUUAGAUCAUAGUAUUGUUGCACAUUUCACCCUGCACCCUCAUUUUUAUUUAUUUUGAUUUCUGAUAUGUAUUCUCCCUAAGCUCGCAUAUCUCUCUCAUUUAUUCUUUUGUACACACGAGAGUCUUGGGGUUGUUACAAGUUUUUGAUGAUUUGGUGUUCAUGAUGUGAUUGAUGAGAUCUGCUUUUAGUUUGGUGUGUUUGGAGGGGACUUUGUAUUAUACUAAGCAUUGGUGAGUAUAAAAUUCUGUUGUUUAAUAGGGAAUGUGGGUAUAUUUGUCUUAGAAUCUUAGGAGAUCAUGGAGAGACAUGUGAUGUGAGGGUGUCUGUAGACACACUCCCAUUUUCUGUCUUUCUUCUUGAUAUGGGUUCCCCAUGCCCUUGUCAUUUGUGUAUCUUGGACGAUUCAUUUGUUGUGGUAAUAAUUUUUUCACUUAAUACUUAUAUUUUCUCUGGCAA